CCUCCCCCUCCCCUCCCCCUUCCCUCGGCCCCCUCUCCUCCUCCCUCCAUCCCCGCUCAUCCCCACCCAUCCCCUGCCCCUCUGCCCUCGCCCCGCCCCCGGAAUCACCAUGGACUUCGCACUGCACCCGUCGGCCUCGUCCACCUCCUCGGCCUCCUCGGUCAGCACCCCGCUGUGCGGCACCCAGGGUGUCCGCGACCCCCUGCGCGAGGGCCGCGGCCUCGGCCAUGCCACCGGCGAGACGAUGGCCCCCCGUAAUGCCGUGGUCGCCUCCCACCCGAUGGAGCCCGUCGCCACUCAGGCCGCCGCCCUCGAGGAUGCCCGCCGCAUGGCCGUCCUUCGUGGCACCCAGGGCCUCAAUGCCCCGAUCAUGUACCAGAUGGAGCGCCAGUGGGCCACCUCGCUGGCCUCCAACCGGGCCGGUCUUGCUGGCGUCCACGGCCUCUCCUCCAACCUGGCCUUCGACGUGCUGACCGGUCGCGAUACCGACCUCGACGUGCAGGAUGUCUAUGGCGUCAUCGAUGUUCCCCGCGCCCCCAUCUCCGUCCACGCCCAGAUGGAGGAGCGCCUCCACAUGCGCUUCUAAGCAGACAUACACACCGGCCAGUCACCGCUCCUGUCCCUUACCCAAACAGCGAAGGGGACGCCCUUGUACAAUAUAUCUAUCUAUCUAUCGGUAUA